UUACUUCCCUUUCCCUUUACCUAUAUGCUAACGUUUGCUUAUUUUUUCACCUUUCUUUUUCUCUGUCUCUAUUUAUAUUUAUUCCCCUUCCAUACCGACACCCGCAUUUUCGAAAAGCAGUUAAUUUUUGAACGUUGGAUUUCAAAUAGAAAGAAACAUGUAUCCCAGACUGAAGGUGAGGGCAUACGAACAAGAAGAUUGUCUUUCUCAACGAGAUGUUAGAAAAGCAGGUCUCUUGUCGAUAAUUACUACUGAAUCUCCAUCUAUUGAAGCUCAAGCUGGUUCAGGUUCUCCACCUGAUUUUGUAGCAAAGGAGAUAGAAAUCAGAUCGCCACCAUCAAUUGCUAGAAUCAUGAAAACUUAUCUGCAAGACUCAACAAUUCCAUCAAUAUCUCCAUCUAAAGGGACAGUGAAGAACAAAAAACUUGUGAAGGAGAAUGCUAAACCCAACAUUAACAGAGCUUGUAAUUCAGUUCCACGUCCUCGUGCUGUCUUAUCCAGUCCUGAUAAUGAUGGUAUGAUUGGAAGUAGAAAUAAGUUAAUCCAUGAAAGAUGUUCAACCUUGAAAGUGCGUAAAACGGGAGAUGGGAUAUCUGUCCGAUCUAAACUAACCCCAAGUGACGACGUCAUCAAGGCUGAGAUGACCUUGAAUUUGAAGAACAACUUGGCAAAAAGCCCCGAGUCCGAGAAAGCAUUCAAGAACAGGAAAAUUCAAGAACCUCUGGUGAGAAGCCAGAAGAGAAGGCAUGGAAUUGGGAAAUAGAGUUUAAUUUGAAUUUCACUUUAAUUAUUUUCUUUUCUGCUGGGCAUGAAGUGAAUUAAUUGGACAUUUUGUCCAGUCAUAAUUUAAUUUCUUCCUUGUUAAUUACGAUUUUAAGUGUUGUCAAUCUAUUUCACACCAUAACCCUUAAUAAAGUUAAAUUACCUUUGAAAGCUUUUGCUUUUCUAUUUAUUUUAGCAAUAACUAAUGUAACAAAGUUAAAUUACAUUUCGCAAUAGCUAAGCUUCUGUUGUACUGCCCACCUCAAAGGAUCAUAAUUCCAAACUUUAAUGGGGAAUUAUGAUAAUUAGGCCUGUCAAAAGUCUAUCUUGUUUAAAAGUUUUGUAAAUGU